CGCACUCUCCUUUCCCCUCACUUCUUGAACAACACUGUCAUCGGCGCAACAUCUUUUGUCAUGGCAGACCCAUUUUCGAUCACCGGCAGCGCAGUCGGUGUUGUUUCUCUCGCGAUCCAACUCUGCAAGGACCUGGAAUGGUACUUCAGUAGUGUCAAGAAUGCAAAGGACAAGGUUGACCACAUCGCGGCGGACACGGAAAAGCUUACAAACGUCCUUGACUCGCUCGAAACCAUCGUUACGAAGGUGGAUCCGUCUCAGGCGGUGUCAACAACUCUCACCGGUAUUGCAUCGUGUGCAGAGGCCAUUGUAACGAUCCGGAAGAAGUUGAAACUAGACGAUCCGGCAUCGAGUGGCGGAAUCAAGUCGAACUUGAAGAGGCUGGGCAAGCGGAUGGCUUUCCCGUUCAAAGAAGCGGAGAUCGAAUACUGGAAAGGCGUAUUGAAUACGAUACACCAGGGUCUACAGACUGCACUAUGCGCGCUCAUCAUUGAUCAACAACGUCUGGCCUCUGAACAUAUCGGGUUGCGAUUUACACAGCUAUCGGUAGACCAAACGGCGCAGCAUCAAUCCAGUUUACAACUACAGCAUGAGAUCUUCGACAAGACGCGAAUUCAGCUCGCUGAAAAUUCACAGGUCGUCGAAAGAGGGUUUACAACUACGGCGCAUAACUUUCAUAGUCUCCAUGCUGAUGUACAUCACAUACAAGACACGCUACAGCCCAUUGUCUCUCAACUUGAGCUUUUGAAAGCCACGGUGAGCGAAGUGACCUCGACGACAGAGUCUACACUGGAAAUCGACAUGAUGAAUUUGAGGUCACUCAAUCGGAAGGAUAGAAAACUGAAGCGACAACUCGCAAAAGUCCCAUGUACAUGCCAAAAAAAGACAAGUGCAUUUGGCUAUCGAUCAGGAUGGCUCACGCUCGCGUGUGCUUGGACUUCGUCUCACGACCCUCAAUGCCGUCUUUCUGCUCUUCAGAACACCGUAACAGAUCUGCAGCUUCGGGCCACUAUGUGUAGUCUGUUUCUCAGAUCGAAGGUGUCGCUUUCGCUGACACUAGCUUGUGGUGAUGGCUCUCCGUUCAGGCAGACUCUGGACUGUCAUCGAGUGGUCGCGGAAUCUUCGCCUGCAUUUUCGUUCAUUCCCGACUUGGUGAGUUCAGGUCACACCACAACCGAAGAAGUAUUCCGUGGCGAGGUCAACAAACUGUUAGAGAUAUUCCAGCAGGGACGAGCAUCACCACAUGAUCGCCUGUCUGAUGGACGUACGAUUUUACAUCAUUUGUGUGGGGAGGUCGAAUUCUGGAGAGAUGAAUACUACAGUUCUGACUACGUCAAAAACUUUUGUUAUCUCUUCCUGACUCUCCUUGCCCGAAUGUCUGUCGAAGCUAUUGGAAAAGACGAUCAUGGACGUACGAUUAUGGAUGCCCUCAUGAAGUCCACGCCUCCACCAUUGUUGCACCAAGAAGAUUUUGUAGCAAAUGUACUGUUGAGUCACGGUUUGCAGAUCACUCAGUGGACAAUACGGACUUCUAGACCUUCGAGUCGGAGCACCAAAACUUAUACUGAUAGUCGGAUCGAAAGUUUCACAGAUGCUAGAUUAGAUGAGAAUGAGUUGGUGGAGGCGAUACUAUCGAGAUCUGACCAUGGGCUUCAGCAUUACCUUCGACAAUCGAAAGAUAUGCGGAUACUGGACGACGGUACUGUCAUCUUUGCCCUAAGGCUGGCUGCUAUCCAUGGCUGGAUCGAUGGCUGUAAGACCAUGCUUGAAGAAGAUGUCAUGGCAACCCUCAACAAAGACUCCGUCAAUCCACGGGACAAUACUUUGCUUGGAAGCUUAGCUUAUACAAAGCGAUUGGAAAUGAUGCGGUUCUGGCUCUUGCGCAGGGCAGACUUUGGGCAACCACAGCUCAAAUGGAUUGGCUAUGCAGAAGAUGUGUUCGACUCUCAUGAGUGCGGGUCGCUACCAGAGUUUAGUAAGGGCAUCGCUUACAAUAUGUCCUCGUAUGUUCGCGAUUUGAGGCACGAGAUUGACCAUCUAGUGAAAACGCAUGGCAUCGACUAUUGCUGUGAUAGUGCUCGUAGUAAUCUACCCGACGCGCAUGUUAGAUGCAUGCUCACUGCGCUGGUGAGCAAAGGCGUCAAAGUGCCACAGUAUUAUUGGCCAAAGAGGAAAAGUCUUUAUCACAGGACAUUUUGCUGGUGUCCGAUGGAACGUCUGGUGUUCGAAAGGCAGGAGGAUGAUGGCUUUCGUGAGAUCAGUGGCAAGGAUUUCAGGUGUAGUAUGGAAACGGGUUGCUCGCCUCUAGUGUAUUUUCUAACGCAGAACAACCCGUACAUCAAUGAUCCGAGGGGAGCGUUGAACAAGCGCGACAUGACAGUCAAUUGGUUCCUCUCAAGAGGGGCAGAUCUACGAGAAACCUGGCCAGGAUCCGACAUUACUGCCAUGCAUUGUUUGGCCUGGCAAUCUGCGAAACAUCUUGAAACGUUCUCUGGACGCUUAUUCAAAGAAUGUGAUGCGCCAAUUCAAGUCACUUGGGAUUACAGAUCCUUUGAGCCACUCGUCAAAGGGGAAAUUCUGGACAGUUGCGAAUGUGGAUGCAGCAUUUCCGGCUGCGAUUUUUUGACGUGCUUCUGGAAAGGACUUUUCACAGACACCUGGCGGGACACGCAGUUCCCCACGAUUUGCGACUACAUCCAAGGUGCAAAUUCGAUGGGAGAAGUAAAGGGCAUCGCAACAAGACCCAUCUGGGAGCGUCAACAUGACGAAGCAAUAGCGAAUGUGUUUCUUGAACUCACCGUUUGGGUUGAUAGAGCAGCAAAUACCCUCCAGCUUCGUCGACUCAUCCAGGGGUACAUGCGCCUAUUCGUAUUCUCAUACCUGGAGUUAAGACACACAUGUUGCGAUAUCGGCCGCAUCAGGCACUUUGACAAUCCCGAUCACAAAAAGCAACCAUACCCUCGAUACUCCCAGAAGGAAGAGAGACGCAUAAAAAAUGAGGACGCAAGGUUGCGCGAGAUUCUCGAAGAGCUAGUACCCGUGUUCAUCUCGCAGUUCGACGCCGUUGGUGGAAGACUUGUAGACUUCGUCGUCGAUGCGAUGAUUCCGAAAAUGCGCAAAGUAGCGAAAGAAAUACGCAAACUAGAGAGAAAACUGAGAGAGGAAGAGAAGGCACUUUAUGCAGAGGGACGAAGAGAGCUAGGCGUUAUAAUGUAUGAGGAUGAGGAUGACGCCGAGCAGAGCGAUAGUGACGAGGAAGAGGAAGGAAAAGAAUGGUAUACCGAAGAGGAGUCUGAUGAUGAAUACUGAUUCCGUGUUCACUUCUUUGGGUGGUUGGUGUUUGACAUAGAAGUCUGGCAAAUCGUCGACUGCCUCCGAUAGCGUGCAACGCCGUGUAUAGAAGCC